GGUGGAUAUGCGCAAGCAAAGUCUGGGAGCCUUAUUGCUCCUCUCAUAUGGGAUUACUGCCAGCGAUGGACAUAGGGAGGAAGGUGGCACAGCGGCUGGCGUCACACGGUCAUAAACGCGCGGAGCAUCGCAAAGAGACUCUGACCUCUGUUAUUGUCACAUCGGGAAACCUUUGAGAGUUUAGAGAAAGUCUUCCCAGGUGCAGGAACCCACAGUGGUUCGAUUCCCAGAUAAAAAGAGGCGCAGCCAUGACGACUGAAAGCUCCCAGCAACAUCUGGAUCCAUCUAAUCCUGCACGCCCCGGACCAGCGGCUCUGAACUCAACUCUGCUGAGCGCACAGCCAGUGAUGGAGAGCGCGCAGCCUGCAUCCGUGAAAGGAAAGAAGGGGAACUCGGGAUUGAGGCGCCCCGAGAAGCCCCCUUACUCGUACAUCGCCCUCAUUGUGAUGGCGAUCCAAAGCUCUCCCACCAAAAGGCUCACUUUGAGCGAGAUCUACCAGUUCCUGCAGGCGCGCUUCCCUUUCUUCAGGGGAUCAUACCAGGGAUGGAAAAACUCCGUCAGACACAACCUGUCUCUGAACGAGUGUUUUAUAAAGUUGCCCAAAGGUCUGGGUAGACCCGGCAAGGGCCACUACUGGACCAUCGACCCGGGGAGUGAGUUCAUGUUCGAGGAGGGCUCCUUUCGCCGCAGACCUCGGGGAUUCCGCAGGAAGUGCCAGGCUUUGAAACCAAUGUACAGGAUGAUGAAUGGCAUCGGGUUCGGUGCGUCAAUGCUGCCACAAAACUUUGAUUUCCAGUCACCCUCAGGCUCACUAACAUGUCACGGCGGCUAUAACCUAGACCUGAUGGGUAAUCCAGUGCCAGGGGGCUUCGAGGCUCUCGGAGGGGGCCACCACGUCCCACACAUGUCAUCAGGCUCCGGGUCGUCGUACAUGGCUGCGUGUCAGGCGGCCUCGAACACGGAAUACUGCCCGGACAGCAACAGCAGUCCCAUGCAGUCCUCUCCUGCGAUGCUGGGCUCUCUGGACAGUCAGUCGCCCUAUGUAAACGCAGCCUCUCACUGGAGUUCACCUGGUGUUCCUUCAUACAUGAAGCAGCAGUGUCUGGCAGCAGGCAGCCCCACUUCUUCUGGCCUGCACACAGGGAUGUCCUCAUCCUACUCUCUGGAUCAGGGCUAUCUGCACCAUAACGCACGGGAUUCCUCUGACAUCCCAGUGGGACUGUCUCGGUAUUCCGGUCACUCGGCUCCUGGGUGUGACAGGAAGGACUUCGUGUUGAACCUGAACGGGAUCUCGUCCCUCCAUCCCAGCAACGGAGGUUCUUAUUACCACCAGCUCCACCACCAUCACCAGAGCGUCUGCCAGGACGUCAAGCCGUGCGUCAUGUGACACACCUGUCCCCUGCCGUCCCUCUCAGUUCAACCAUCAGGCCGAUUAUUGAGACAAUAGAAAUAUUGAUGAAGGAUUUUUCUAUUUUUUAAUGAACUUUUGAAACCUUUUAGUGAUGGUGAUGAUCUGAGGACUCGCACUUCAUUUUUUCAGCGAACCUCUGACUUAACACUAGUGGAUAACGUUUAUAUUUACAUGUUUACUUAAAGACUUCAUAAAACACGUACCCUUUCUUUCAUGCACUUAAUUUGGAUUCCUGGUGUUACUGAAAGAUGUUGCAAGUCA